GAACUCUAAAAAUACUCAAUUGACGACUUUGUUUUCGUUUAGCGACUGUAAAGAAAUUUAUUUUAAAAUAAUUGUUAAAGUAGCAGGUGCUGAUUCUAAAUUCGAUUUAAUAACUACGAAGUAGAAUGCCUGCAAUAGAAGAGGCACAACUAACUAAAUAUCUAUCCAAGUAUAAAAAUGUUGCGGCCACUAGGAAAGAUGUUGUGGAUGUCGUUACCUCAUACCGCAGCUUGACAUACAAUCUAGAAAAAUUUGUUUUCAACGAUGGCAGUGUAAAAGAUUUGCUUGCGUUGCAAGGCACAAUACCGGUAGUCUACAAAAACAACACAUACUACAUUCCGAUAUGUAUAUGGCUGAUGGACACCCAUCCGCAAAAUGCUCCAAUGUGCUUUGUGAAGCCAACGCCAACAAUGCAGAUCAAGGUAUCCAUGUAUGUGGAUCACAAUGGCAAGGUGUAUUUGCCGUAUUUGCACGACUGGCAGCCACAUUACUCGGAUCUGCUAUCGCUAAUACAAGUUAUGAUUGUGACAUUCGGUGAUCAUCCGCCCGUUUAUUCCAAGCCUAAAGAACAAGUCGCUGUGCCAUAUCCAGCGAAUUCUUACAUGCCUCAGCCAGGAGGCCCUAGUGCGUCCAAUCAGUUUCUACCUUAUCCAAACGCAACUGGUGCUAGUGGUGGCAAUUUCCCGCCUUAUCCUACUGGGGGCGGUAACUUUAUGCCUUAUCCACCGACUGGUGGCCAGUCAGGCAGCUCUGCUGGCUAUCCGCCAUACAUGAAUUAUCCCCAGCCUGGCGGAUAUCCUGGCGGUGUUGGAUAUAAUCCAGCUGGAGUUACCACUCCUAGCUCAACAGGCACCAUAACGGAAGAGCAUAUCAAAGCAUCACUUAUUAGCGCCGUUGAGGACAAGUUAAAACGUCGUAUACAGGAGAAGGUGAAUCAGUAUCAAGCUGAAAUCGAAACAUUGAAUCGCACCAAACAAGAGUUAGUAGAAGGUAGUGUCAAAAUAGAUGCCAUCGUUGCUCGACUGGAACGCGAGGAAAUUGAUCUGCAAAAGAACAUAACUGUACUGCGAGACAAGGAGGAGGAAUUAAAGAAAAGUCUAGAGAACCUUGAGAAUGCGGAAGCCAUUGAUCCAGAUGAGGCAGUAACCACAACUGCGCCUUUAUAUAGACAAUUACUUAAUGCCUACGCUGAUGAAGCUGCCACAGAGGAUGCCAUUUAUUAUUUGGGAGAAGGUCUGCGUGGUGGUGUCAUCGAUCUGGAGACGUUUCUGAAGCAUGUGCGCCAACUUUCUCGCAAGCAAUUCAUUUUGCGGGCCACAAUGCAAAAGUGUAGACAAAAAGCUGGAUUGGCUGGCUAAUCGGAUGAAAUGGAAUGCGUAGGCCAGUCUGUUGCAGUUAUUAUUUCAUUUGCAGUUUUUCAAGUGCAACUAAUUAUUCAAGCCGCACACAAUUUGAUAUGUUAUUAUAAUAUAUUCGGUAUUGCUUUAAGUUAAAAUUGAAUCUUUGAAAUUAUAUAUGUAUAUGAAUAAAACCCAACGUACGUUCACACA